CGUAACAGUCUCUUCUUGUCACUCAACCUUUCUCUUUCUAUAUCUCGCUUUCCCUCUGGCUGAGCUUUACUCUGCUUCUUCAAUGGCGACUACUGGAGCAACACAAAGUCUGCUGUUGCUCUUCCAUGAAAAAGAGAAGCCAUAGAACUUUGGAACAAUCAGGCCAUGGAAGAAGAGAGGUUCGUCGUCUCCUCCAGAGAGAACCCUAGAAAUUUAGGGUUUGUACCAGAACGUGGUUCGGGCACCGGCAGCAGUAGCAAUAAUAGCAAGGUCAUGCCCAAUGACCUCAUCCAGAAGCCUCCUCCCCCAGUUCUGGAUCGGUUUAGGGCUCUUUUGAAGGAGAGGGAAGAGGAGUUGAGGGUCUCUGACGAGGACGAUGUUCCAGCGCCGAGUGCUGAAGACAUUGUUCGACUUUACGAAGAGGUUUUGUCGGAGCUUACGUUCAAUUCGAAGCCUAUCAUAACCGAGCUAACGAUAAUCGCCGGAGAGCAGAGGGAGUACGGCGAUGGAAUUGCUGAUGCAAUUUGCGCCCGGAUUCUCGAGGUGCCUGUUGAGCAAAAAUUGCCUUCUUUAUAUCUUCUUGAUAGUAUCGUGAAGAACAUUGGUUGUGAAUAUGUGAGAUACUUUGCUUCCCGUCUCCCUGAGGUAUUUUGUGAAGCAUAUAGGCAAGUUCACCCUAGCUUGCAUCCAGCCAUGCGGCACCUAUUUGGCACCUGGUCAGCGGUAUUCCCACCUUUAGUUCUUCGCAUAAUUGAGGCAGAGCUAAAAUUGGCUUCUUCUGUAAACCAUCCGUCAUCUGGCUUGACGGUUUUAAAAUCGUCCGAAUCUCCAUCUCCUCGACCAACUCAUGGAAUACAUGUGAAUCCAAAAUAUUUGGAGGCGAGAUGUCAAUUUGAACAUUCAACCAUGGAUACUCGACAUUCAGGAGGGGGUUCAUCAAGUCUACAGAUAUAUGGACAGAAGCCUGCCAUUGGGUAUGAUGAAUAUGAUAUUGAUCAUUCAGAUGUCCUGGGAACCCAGAAAUUAGGAUCUCCUCAGGGUGCUGUUCGUACAUCAUCUGUUGGUGGGAUAGACAGACUACACCCUUCAAAAAAUAGACUUACAAGGUCCUCUUCUCCUUCAAGAAUUGGGCAUCCUAGAUCCUUAUCGCCAUUGGCUGAUAGGUUCACAACUGAUACUUCACCAGGAAGGGUUGUUGAAAGGGCUUCUCCAUCUCAUUUUGGAAUUGAUUCCAGGCUUGGCAGAAAGAGUGAUGGGAAGAAUGGGGAUGGGGAGAGGACUGACUGGUGGAAACGUUGGUCUACUGACAAUUAUCAGCAGGUAGAAAAUUCUAGUGCAUACCUCAGUAAUGGACCUGAUCAGCAAAGUCCAAGAGCUCUAAUUGAUGCUUAUGGAAAUUACGGAGGGAAAAAUACACUGACUGAGAAGCCUCUGAACAUUGGCCGGAUUGAUGUAAAUGGUCUAAGCAUUAAAACGGAUAAAAGAUGGCAGAAUAAUGAAGAAGAAGAGUAUGUUUGGGAAGAUAUGAGCCCAACUUUAGCAGACCGUAGUAGGAGUAAUGAUCUGAUGCCACAUAAUCCUCCUCUAGAUAGCUUCAACGGAAGAGCUGGUUUAGGAAGAUCAGGUGCUGCAAGCUUGGAACAUGAUUACAGAAUGGGUAAUUGGCCUAGUCGGGGUCAGCUAGCAAAGGAUGACAAUGCUGAAGAUGGAGUUUCUGCCCUUGGUUUUGGACAUGGAUCCAUGAGUAAGAAGCCUCUGAGUGGUCCAGGAACUCGAAAUGAAUCCACUCGGAUUCCAAGUUCUCACUAUCCUCGGGAGCCUUGGAGUUUACCUCAUCACUUCCCUCGGUCCUUACAACCAAACCUGGACCCAAACACAAGAGCAAGAACUGGUCAGAUGUCGUACCCAGCAGGUGGAAUGGCUAUGUCAGCUGGUCAGAAACUGGGACUUCAGAUUGAAAAUUUUCCAGAUACUGAGGGACAAUUUCAAAGAUUCUCUAGUGCAAUGUCAAGAAUGGGUUCUUCGAGCCCAGAUUCUUCGAACGUGGAUCUUGUGUCACCUAUGAUGCCAAUGUCAACGCUGGAAAAGCAUCUGGGACAAAAGCCUCAUUCGCCUCCCCUGGGACAAUUUCCUUGGCCUCCAGUUAAUGUGCCUAGAUCUCAUCCACUUCCUUUGCCCCCUAUUCUUCCACAACAGAAGCAAAUUAAGAGUCCAUUUGAUGUAAUGGAUGUUAACAAGCCAAUCCUGAAUCAAAUUCCAAACAAAUCUUCCAUGUUGCCUGGGCAGCAGGUGGAUGCUUUUGAAAGGAAAACACAUAGUUCAAGCAAGCUGGUGCAAUGGCCCAAUCGGCAGGUUGGAUUGAUUUCAUUGAAUCAGAAAAACCAGGGAGAAGCUUCAGUGCGACAGCUGCAAUUAGUUCAGCCUCAGGAUGCUGGGGAAAGUUUUGUUCCCUCUGCUGCUCCUCAGGUCUCAUCUCAUUUAAUGACACAAUCCUUGAAUCAGGGACAAAUUCCACAAGGGCAUGGCCCCGUUAUGAGUUCAAUUUUGUCCAAUCCAAUGCCUGGGGUUUCUUCCUCUGUAACUAUACCUAGUAUAUACAAUAACUCAUUCCAUUUGCAGGGUGGAUCCUUGCCUCCUUUACCUCCUGGUCCUCCUCCUACCUCAUCACAAAUGGGACCCAUGCCUCAAAAUGUGGGCCCUAUUGGAAUGCAGGCACCAACUGGAAGUCCAUUCUCUGGUCUCAUUAGUUCUCUCAUGGCUCAGGGUUUGAUUUCAUUGACAACUUCGGCUUCAGUGGAGGAUUCUGUUGGAGUUGACUUCAAUCCGGAUCUUCUCAAGGUUCGGCAUGAAUCUGCGAUAAAGGCUUUAUAUGCUGAUCUUCCAAGACAGUGCACAACAUGUGGUGUGCGUUUCAAAUGUCAAGAGGAACACAGUAGUCACAUGGAUUGGCAUGUGACCAAGAAUCGGAUAUCUAAAAACCGUAAGCAGAAACCCUCUCGCAAGUGGUUUGUGAGUACUAGUGUGUGGCUCAGUGGUGCAGAGGCAUUGGGAACUGAUGCAGUUCCUGGGUUUUUGCCUACUGAAGCUGUUGUGGAAAAAAGGGUUGAUGAAGAAAUGGCUGUUCCUGCUGAUGAGAAUCAGAAUGUGUGUGAAUUGUGCGGGGAGCCUUUUGACGACUUUUAUAGCGACGAGACUGAGGAAUGGAUGUAUAAAGGGGCUGUCUAUUUAAAUGCACCUGAUGGAUCAACAGCAGGCAUGGAUAGAUCUCAGCUGGGUCCAAUUGUUCAUGCAAAGUGCAGAUCAGAGUCUACAGUAGCUUCCCCUGAAGAUUUUGUACUAGAUGAAGGGGAUAAAGAGGGUAAUCAAAGAAAAAAGAUGCGGAGUUAGAAUACCGGCUUUCAUAUCAUCUGUAAAUUAUGAGUUUCAUCAUGGUCAUGGUAUGCUUUACUAAUUUUCACCUUUGCUGUGGAGCCCUGCCUACCAUGGCACCAUGGCAUAAUCAUGUAUAUGUAAAGUUAGAUUUUGUACCAUGUAUUCUCUCUUUCAGCAAAAGCUUACAAAAGUUCUCUUCCCAGA